CUCUUGGUUUUUUUUAACUUUUUCGGUCACAUUUUCAAACAUCUUUUUAGUUGGCUUCACCUGAUCUCUUUAAUUGACUUGACCUCGAUCGGAUUCAUCCCAUGGGGAUGUUCUUGUGCUUGUAAAAAGCCAGAUUAAGGACUUGUCCUACACCCGUGGCUCUAUGCUGAUUGUCGGGGCCAGCAGUUUUGUCUGGACCCUGUGGCCAGACCUGGAACCAUUCCCCUUGCAGAACAAAUGGAGAACAGCGGCUGCAUCCCACUGUGCUGGAGCAAGGGGGCCUGCAUCUACGCACAGCACCCUUUACCAAAAUAUGACAGCAAGUUAGCCCCAGCAGGAACACCGGAGUCAGGCAUGGCAUCGUCUUCCUACCUGGAGCCCAAUCUCAACCACUCGGCGGCGGGUGGUUGUGGGGUGAAGUCCCGCUCUGGGAUGCCCGGCGGUCCAGGUACCAGCGGGUCCGCCGGAGGUCUGGAGCGGCCACCGGGCUCCAUGGACCGAGUCCUCAAGAUCUUCCACUACUUUGAGACGAACAGCGAACCAUGCACCUGGGCUAGCAAUAUCAGACAUGGAGAUGCCACGGAUGUCAGGGGUGUAAUCCAGAAAAUAGCAGAGAUCCACAAGUUGCGCUGUGUGUCGUCUUUGGGCCUCCGCCUGACCCAUUUGCACUCCGACGCUAUCCACUGGUUACACCCGGAUUUAGGAGUAUCCCAUGUCAGGGAGAGAUAUGAAAAGCAGCACCCCCAGGAGGAGUGGAGGUAUGAGUUGCGAAUGCGGUACCUUCCCAAAGGUUAUCUCAGUCAUUUCUCUGAAGACAAGCCUUCCCUCAACUACCUCUAUCACCAGGUCAAGAGUGACUACAUGCAUCACAUAGCAGAUCAGGUGGAUCAAGAUGUUGCUUUGAAACUGGGCUGUUUAGAAAUAAGGAGGUUCUUUCGAGAGAUGCCUGGUAACGCCCUAGAUAAGAAAUCCAACUAUGAACUUCUAGAGAAAGAUGUCGGUUUGCGAAGGUUCUUCCCCAAAAGCCUGUUGGACUCCCUUAAGGCAAAGGCUCUUCGUAAGCAAAUCCAGCAGACCUUUAAGCAGUUCGCUAACCUCAAUGACGAGCAGAGCAUCCACAAGUUCUUUGAGAUACUGUCUCCCAUCUACCGCUUCGACAAGGAGUGCUUCAAAUGUGCUUUAGGGUCUAGUUGGGUAAUAUCAGUAGAGCUGGCAAUCGGACCAGAGGAGGGAAUCAGCUACCUCACAGACAAGGGCUCAACGCCGACACACUUGGCAAACUUUAAUCAGGUUCAGUCCAUCCAGUACUCUGCUUUGGAAGAGAAGGACAGGAAAGGCAUGCUGCAGCUGAAUGUGGCUGGAGCUCCAGAGCCCCUCACUGUCACCACAGCAUCGCUGACCACAGCAGAAAACAUGGCCGACCUGAUUGACGGUUACUGUCGACUCGUCUCUUUAUCUUCCCGCUCCUUCAUCGUCAGAGUCCAUAAAGAGGGAGACCGAGCUCUUCCAUCCAUACCAAAAGUUUCAAACCAUGAGAAGCGGAUGGAGAAACGGAUGGACGGUGUUCGAACCCGGGCUGUUUGUGUCUCAGGUCACAUUAGUGGCGAUGAAACUGACGACUACGCCGAGAUCAUAGAUGAGGAGGACACCUACACCAUGCCUUCAAAAUACUAUGGACUAGAUCAAGCACGGGACUAUGAAAUUCAGCGGGAUCGCAUUGAGUUGGGCCGCUGCAUAGGGGAGGGCCAGUUUGGAGACGUACACCAGGGAGUCUACAUCAGCCCGGAGAACCCUGCCCUGUCUGUGGCAGUGAAGACGUGUAAGAACUCUACGUCGGACAGCGUCCGGGAAAAAUUCCUCCAAGAAGCCUUGACCAUGCGUCAGUUUGACCACGCUCACAUUGUGAAGCUGAUGGGAGUCAUCACCGAGAAUCCAGUGUGGAUCAUCAUGGAGCUCUGCACGCUCGGAGAGCUGCGGUCGUUUCUCCAGGUGAGGAAGUACAGCCUCGACCUGGCCACUCUCAUCUUGUACUCUCACCAGCUCAGCACAGCGCUGGCAUAUCUGGAGAGCAAACGCUUUGUACACAGGGACAUUGCAGCUCGAAAUGUGUUGGUGUCUACAGUGGACUGUGUGAAGCUGGGUGACUUCGGCUUGUCACGAUACAUGGAAGAUAGCUCUUAUUAUAAAGCCUCCAAAGGUAAAUUGCCUAUUAAAUGGAUGGCUCCAGAAUCCAUCAACUUCAGACGAUUUACCACAGCCAGUGACGUCUGGAUGUUUGGCGUCUGUAUGUGGGAGAUCUUGAUGUACGGCAUCAAGCCUUUCCAGGGUGUGAAGAACAACGACGUUAUUGGCAGGAUAGAGAACGGCGAGCGGCUGGCGAUGCCCCCACAGUGCCCUCCUACUCUCUAUAGCUUGAUGACCAAGUGUUGGUCGUAUGAUCCAAGCAAGAGGCCGCGCUUCACUGAACUGAAAACACAACUGAGCACUAUAUUAGAGGAGGAGAAAGUCCAACAGAAGGAGAGGAACAGGAUGGAGAUGAGGAGACAGGUCACUGUUUCCUGGGACUCUGGAGGGUCUGAUGAAGCCCCGCCAAAACCCAGCCGUCGCCCCUCCCUGCAGCCCGCCUUCAGUCCGGACUGCCUCUCUGCUCCCUCUCCUCAUCAUCACUGCCAUCAAAACCAGCGUUUUGCCUCACAGCUUUCCCUCUGCAUUGGAAACCCUCCCCCCUUAUCCCCCUGCACCUCCACUCAUCCACUCCACUCAUCCUCUCUGAAAUUCCCCCGUCGCUCCUCUUCUUCUCAAACCACAGCUUACUGCAGCAGCUCGCUGCCUCUGCACUCCGCUAAGCUGAACCAGGAAUCCAGACUUUACCCCUCUGUGUCGCUCCAGCCUCACACUAACAUUCGUUCUCCGCCGUACGCCGACUCAGACAGCCUGUCCAACGGCAGCUGCCCCCACGAAACACACCCUCCUCCCGCUCACUGUCCCUCCCUGCUAAACACUCCUCACUCCCAUCCCAGGAGUUUCUCUCCACUCCUUUCCCAGUCCAGCCCGAACCUCAACUCCCUGCCCUGCAGCCUGUCAAACCUUUGCCCCCGCACCCACCAAAACGUCCAGUCCAAGUCAAGUCCUAAAGCCCCGCCGCCGUCGGGCUCCGGCUCCGACCGUCAGACUAAUCCCAGCACGGCGGUCCAGCCUGACUCUGAUCCCCAGAGCCUUCACCCCGCCGCGCAGCCGUGCGGGAGGCCGCCACUGCUCCCGCCCGCCUCGCUCACCCUCCCACACACAGAGAGAGUCGUCCCAGGGCCCUCCUCCGCCUGUAGUCUGUCUCCCACUAACCCCCAGCCGCUCAGACGAAUGCUCAGCCUGCCGGCUACCACCCACCCGCCUUGUUCCGUCCCCUGCUCUGAAAGAUCCAGAUACAUGAAGCCAAGUAGGCCAGGCUACCCGAGUCCCCGCUCAAGUGAAGGUUUUUACCCCAGCCCCCAGCACCCCGGACACUACCAGAUGGCCGGCUAUCCGGGACCGCACACCCUCCCGUCUGUGCCCAGCGCCCUGUACCCCCCACAGGCCGCCAUGCUGGACACGCACCACGCGCACACACACCCGCGCCACCACGUCCACACGCACUCGCACGCGCAGCACCUUCCCCAGCCGCACGGACAGGACAUGGCGCUGUGGGGCUCCGUCAUGGAGGACAGGGCAGUAGACAUGCAGCAGUGUGUAGGACAGCAGUGCCUGUUAAUGGAGGAACAGCUGAUGAUACAGCAGCAGCAGAUGGAGGAGGAUCAGAGGUGGCUGGAGCAGGAGGAAAGGCUGCUGAAACCAGACACAAGGAGCUCCAGAGGGAGUCUGGACAGAGAAGAGGGUGGACUCCAACCACCGACAGGGAACCAGCACAUAUACCAGCCCGUUGGCAAACCAGAGCAUGCGGCCCCCCCAAAGAAGCCCCCUCGACCUGGGGCCCAGAGCCAGGUGGGCAGCCUGGCCUGCUUAAAUACUGGUGACAGUUACAAUGACGGAGUCAAGCCCUGGCGGCUGCAGCCUCAGGAGAUAAGCCCGCCCCCCACCGCCAAUCUGGACCGCUCCAAUGACAAAGUGUACGAGAACGUGACGGGAUUGGUCAAAGCCGUGAUCGAGAUGUCGAGCAAGAUCCAGCCCGCGCCUCCGGAGGAAUACGUUCCCAUGGUCAAGGACGUGGGUCUGGCGUUAAGGACGCUGUUGGCCACAGUGGACGAGACUCUACCUCAACUUCCUGCCAGUACACACAGAGAGAUCGAGAUGGCUCAGAAGCUGCUGAACUCUGACCUGGCAGAGCUGAUUGGAAAGAUGAAGUUAGCCCAACAAUAUGUGAUGACCAGCCUCCAGCAGGACUACAAGAAGCAGAUGCUGACAGCGGCUCACGCGCUCGCCGUCGACGCCAAAAACCUCCUGGACGUCAUCGACCAAUCCCGGCUCAAGAUGAUGGCUCAGUCCCGCCCACACUAGCCCCACGUCGGCGCCGAGCCGAUCGCCGGGAGCGGCGGCAUCGUCGUCGUCGUCGUCGUCGCGGCUUCUGUCUUUUCAGCAGGAAUCUGCAGACUGGUGGAUUUUGUGUCGUCGGUCCCGGAGAGCAGCGGCUCUGACGCUCUGAGAAAGACUCACUCGAUGUUGAAUCCUGCGCCAGCCGAGGUAUUCAGUUCACCUGGGAUUUAAAAUCUCCACCACUGUGACUUUCAUAUUACAAAAACAGAGCAAAAACACUUCCUGAAUCAGGGACCUGGCAGCUCCGCUCUCUUCGGACUGGAAUACGGCGACCGAGCGCCGCUGGGUUUGAGGCUGGAGAGCUUGAAGUGGGAAUAAACAGGAAGGACGUGGAGUCGGGUGCUUUCGUUUCACUCAAGGCCAUCGCCACCUGAUCAGGCUGCCAUCGACCUGCAACAUAUCUGCAUGUGACUUCACCGGGGGCGGGGGGGAGGGGCGGACUCUGACGUCAGCCAGCAGCCUCAUGGUGAACUGUUCAAACACCUUCACGUCAGCCAACAAGCACCUCAAGCCACCCGUCUUCUCUUUGCUUUCCGUCGGACGCUCCAGUGAGAAAGCUCCCAGCCCUUCAUGCUCCUGGCCUCCUCUUCCUCUCUCCUCCAUCCAUCCCUCCGUCUCACCAGCUUUUAUUUAUAGACUCAAAUUGCAGAGGAGGAGACGGAGGGAGGGGCGGGAAACGGCAGACUCAGAACUGGAGGACAGUCCUGCUGCACCGCUCCCGCUGCCUGGAGAAGGAACACCCUGUCCUCCUCCUCAUCCUCCUCUUCCUCCCCCUUUUCCUCCUCCUCCUCCUCCCCUCUCCCCCCACAGUCUUCCUCAGCUCCUCUCUGAGCAGGUUUUUAAAAGACUCCAAAUGUGAAGAAUCCAACCCCGUCUGGGUAAACACCGCAGGCAGGAAACUCCCCGCUCCAGCUCCAUUUGGUCUCCUCUCUCUCUCUAUUUUUCUUUUUUUCCCUUUUUAAUCGGCUGGCUCCAUGUUUUUCGUGUUGUUUUAAGCAGUUACACGUUUCGUCCCCUGUAAACACGACUUGAUAUUCAGUCCCAGCGAUGACUGAUGUGCAGAACUGACAAGUGUAGGUGGAUUCUGUGGCAGGUUUAAAGGUUUUCAUGUCUCAGACUGGUCACUGAGCUAUUUAUAUGGAGACAGUUUCACCCCCACCCCCUUUUCUUUUUCACCCUGUAACCAUUCAGAUGUAUAAAUAAACCCGGUGUCACGCCUCUAAGUGUCUAAUCACCAACAAAUCGUGUAUUUCCUGGGAAGCGUUUGUGCCGAGUCCCGGUUUUUUCCUGUCAGGUGUAACACUCUAAAAACGUCCUGGUCCCUCCUGAGCAGGCUUCCACAGGGAAAACAAACACACACACACACAUUCAGAAGCAGAGCCACAUGACUGGAAAUCUCGCCUCGUGUUGCAGACGUCAAACACCGAACUGAAAAUACUGCAGAUCACAUGUGUCUUUGUUAAUACUGACCCCACGUGGAGAACGGCGUCCUGCUAUGUGACGUUUCGUGGUGGCUGUACUGGUAUAGCAUGGUUUACUGGUACGGAGAAGAGCAUAUUUGCACAGCACCAAAUAAAAAAAAAAAAAACACACACAAACACUAAUCUUUUUUAAUCCUAUCUUACCCAGAUGUGAUUUCCAUGUUUAGCCAGCAAUGAAACUAUCAAAACAUCUGGGUGUUAUUGGGAUUAAAAUGUGUAAAAUUAAAAUUAAAAAAAAAACACAUGGAAAAAAAACCCCCAAAACAAUCUAUUUUAUCUCCUCGUCGUCGUGUAAAUCUGCUCAUGUUGGUAUAUUGUAAGCUAUACUGGUGUGUAUCACUGGUGAAUUGUACAGAACUCGUACUAGUAAACACUGGUUUUUAUUUUGUCUUCUGGGCGAAAGCAGCCCACUUGUCAAAUAGGAGGA